AUGGAUCCCAUGCAGCCCCCUAAAUUGCCACAUCCCGGCAUCUACCUCUUCCCGCUCAUUAACGAACUUGUCAACAUUGCGAGCGAGAGCAAUCCCCAACUCAGGCAAUACAAAGACUACAUCGUCAGCAUCAUGCCUCUGAGUGACGUGGAGAAGAUCGAAAUUCGCAAGUUGCUGACGAAGAACCGUAUCACACCUUUGGAAUCGCUGGGUACGAUUCGCGAUUGCCAGCAUGGACGAAGCUGGGAAUGGGAUGAGGGUAAUGAUGAUCACAUGCUGAAGGUGAUUAGGGAGCAGUACAAAAUGGAUUGGACGGUUCUUGCUGAUUUCUUGUUCAUUGGCAAGCGAGCUAGUCAGUGCAAGGCGCGGUACAUGAGGGUCUUGGUGGGGAACCGGGAGUGGUUAGAGGAAAAUGGGGAAUGGCUUCAGGAAGUUGAGGAGCGGGCGAAGAGAGCCGAGUUGCAAAACGGUGGGAAAGAGGAGACAGCAAAGAAACCGCAAAGGAGCAAACGAGGCAAGGCGAAGAAGUCAGAUGAAGCAGAUGAUGAUGAUGAGGAUGUAGAAGAUGGUGAUGGUCAGUGA